GUCAGAGUUGAUCUCUGGAUCUUGAUGAAUGGACUGAAAAUUAAUGAACUGGGGGUUCCUAUCUCUGGCUCCCCACGAACUGAGACUGGGCUGUUCCUGCAUAAUUCUCGUUAAUCUGGAUAGAUCACUAGUUCCGCUUUCGGGUCUCGCUUUUAGACUAAUUUUAUAUGUCAUAAGCUUAGCUCUAAUGUGCAUGCUAAUUAUAAGGUUAUUCUUCUCUCCAAGUUUCACGGUUGAUGCAUGUGUUCUGACUCAAUGACAUCAACAACUAACUAGUCGAUAAUCUACUUAACUUGUUGAUCCCCCGGACUCAUGCUUUAAUCUCAAUGCACGAAAAACGACCCCAAAUGUCGGGCAAUCAAAUGGAGAAGCAGAGUCAGGGUGUGAUGAGUUCAAAAAUGAGCGACGAUACCAUUGCUGCCAAUCCGGCAUGUCCUGAGAGUGACAAAGAGAGAAUCUCUCCCACCGCAGAUUCGAGAGUAAAUAGUUUCGAAAAGGGGACCGAUAAUGAUGAAGAAGAGCCCACUGAUGAGGAGAAAAAGACACUACGACGAAUUGGUGAUAGUUUGCCCAUUUCCGCUUGGCUUGUCGCUGUCGUAGAGCUGUGUGAGAGGUUCUCAUACUAUGGUUGUGUGGGGCUAUUUCAAAAUUAUGUUCAACGUCCACUGGAUGGUUCUUUGGGUCGUGGUGCUCUCGGUCUCGGACAUCAAACUGCAACAGCUCUUACUGUCUUCUUCUCCAUGUGGUGUUACUUCACCCCAAUCUUUGGUGCCAUCGUUGCCGAUCAGUACCUGGGUCGAUUCAAAGCCAUUUGCUAUUUUGCAGUCGUCUAUAUGGUUGGCCUGUUAGUUCUUGUCUUGACGUCUCUGCCAGUUUCUCUUCAAAAUGGAGCUGGAUUGGGAGGGUACAUCGCAGCCAUUCUUAUCAUCGGUGUUGGAACCGGAGGUAUCAAAUCCAACGUCAGUCCUUUGAUUGCCGACCAAUAUACCCGAAAACGUAUGGCUAUAAAAGUUCUUGAAACUGGUGAGCGUGUCAUUGUUGAUCCUGCUGUUACCAUUCAGCGAAUCUAUUUGAUCUUUUACUGGUGCAUCAAUAUUGGAUCUCUUUCCCUUCUCGCAACACCUUACAUGGAACGAGACGUUGGUUUUUGGUCCGCGUACCUUAUGUGUUUGUGUGUAUUUAUGGUUGGUUUCAUCACAUUGCUUCUGGGAAGGAAGAGAUACAUUGUUCGCCCACCCAAGGGAACAGUUAUCACCGAUGCGUUCAAGAUCAUUGGGCAAAUGAUCAAAUACCGAAAUCUAAACGCUGCAAAACCUUCUUACCGAGCCGAAAACAAUAUCCCACAAACUACCCCAUGGGACGAACAGUUCGUCGAUGAAGUCAAGCGCGCAUUGAUAGCUUGCCGUGUCUUUGUCUUCUACCCCAUCUACUGGGUUGUUUACGCUCAAUUCUCCAGCAACUUCGUUUCCCAAGCCGGAGAAAUGAACACCCACGGUGUUCCCAACGAUCUUUCCCAGAACUUCGAUCCCAUUGCCAUUAUUCUCCUUGUACCAGUAAUGGAUCGUCUAGUUUACCCACUCUUGCGCAAGUGGCACAUCAAAUUCCGACCCAUGUCCCGUAUCACAUUUGGCUUCAUCGUCGCUAGUUUCAGCAUGAUGUAUGCAGCCAUCGUACAGCACCUCAUCUACAAAGCUGGUCCAUGUUACGGAAAACCUCUCGAAUGUCCUGCCGCUGUCCUCCCAGACGGAACGAUCCAACCCAACGACGUGCAUUUUGCAAUCCAAAUCCCGGCGUACGUACUAAUCGGUAUAUCCGAAAUCUUUGCCUCGGUUACUGGUCUCGAAUAUGCAUAUACUAAAGCGCCUGCUUCGAUGAAGUCGUUCGUACAAGCUAUGUUCUUAUUGACCAAUGCUUUUGGAUUCGCGAUUUGUCAGGCGUUCAUUCCGUUGGUGGGUAAUCCGACGAUUUUGUGGAUGUUUGUGGGACUGGCUUGUGGAAGUUUUGGAGCGGGUAUUGUAUUUUGGAUCUGUUAUCAUAAGCUUGAUGAUCAGGAAGAUGAGCUUAAUAGCUUGGAUGCUAAGGCUGAGCAGGUGGAAUUAAAGGGAACAGAUAAUGCUAAUACUAGAGAUGUGUAAGAGAAAAACGGGGUUCUCUGGCGUUGGAAGGUGUAGCGGACUACUGCUCUGGUGCGUAGCAAUUUAAAGAGAAACUAGAUUUCAGGUAUGGAAUAGAGGAUGGAGUAAGUUUAAAUUAGCCGCCAUAUACACUACCAUAGAAAUCAAUACUGUCCGCUA